UUAUUAAUUCAGCUUUAGAUCAUCAAAAAAGAAAAAUUAUCUUAGAUUGUGUUCUUGUUACUCUUUCUGAUUCAUCUACUAAUCUUCUAACUGAACUUGAUACAGUCAAAGUAGCUGCCAUUAAUCAUUUUCAAAAUCUAGCAGUACUUAAUAGCUUCCACAAACCUAAAGUGAACCUAUACGAAUGGCAACAUCAAUAUGCUCCUAAAGAAAAUAUUAGUUCUUCUAUUUAUGAUACUCUAAUGAAUCCUCUUUCUAAAGAAGAAUGA